CAUGGAGAGCCAAACCAGCAUGGCCCCUGUCCCUGGAGCGCUGCCCUACUUCGUGGCCUUCUCCCAGCUGCUGGGCCUGACCGUGGUGGCCACCACCGGUGCCUGGCUGGGCCUGUACCGCGGUGGCAUCGCCUGGGCGAGUUCCCUGCAGUUCAAUGUGCACCCACUCUGCAUGGUCAUUGGGCUGGUGUUCCUGCAGGGUGACGCCCUGCUGGUGUACCGGGUCUUCAGGAACGAGACCAAACGCACAACCAAGGUUCUGCAUGGGCUGCUGCACGUCUUAGCCUUUGUCAUCGCCCUGGUGGGCCUGGUGGCAGUGUUUGAUUACCACCGGAAGAAGGGCUACCCCGACCUGUACAGCCUGCACAGCUGGUGUGGCCUCCUCGUCUUCGUGCUCUACUUUGUGCAGUGGCUCGUGGGCUUUAGCUUCUUCCUGUUCCCCGGAGCCUCCUUCUCACUGCGGAGUCGCUACCGGUCUCAGCACAUCUUCUUUGGGGCCACCAUCUUCCUGCUCACGGUGGGCACUGCCCUGCUGGGCCUGAAGGAGGCGCUGCUGUUCAAGCUGGGGACCAAGUAUAGCACCUUCGAGCCUGAGGGCGUCCUGGGCAACGUGCUGGGCCUGCUGCUGGUGGCCUUCGGCCUGGCCGUGCUCUACGCCCUGACGCGCAAUGACUGGAGACGGCCAGCCCAGGAGGAGGAGCGGGCUCUGUCCAUGGACUUCAAGACACUGACGGAGGGCGACAGCCCCAGCUCCUCCCAGUGAGGCGCCCCCGCCCCCAUCACACAGGGGCUGCACUCACCAAGG